AUGAAGGAAGAAUCUGCAUGGACCCAGUCGGUGACAUACCGUCCGACAGAACGAAUUCACGCAGAGCACCGUCACGGUGAUACUUCAGAAUGCUCGAACGGGGCUCUCAUUUGCUCGACACUCCAAACAAGCACUAUAGAAUACUCGACAGAAUGGCCUUACGAAAGGCUAUCAUCACUUCGUAAAGUUCUCCGCUCUAUGGCCCUCGUGCUCAAGUUCGUCAAACUGAAGCUAGCAAGACAAGACGAAGUCCUGAAUUCAAUACCUGAGCUCCAACACAUUUCAACAUUCAAACCUUUAACUACUAUCCAGUCUCAAGACACUGGAGCAGCUGAAAGCGUAUGCAUAAAGCAAGCACAGCGCACGAUCAACUCUUCGAAACUCCAACAUCUCAACAUUUCAAAAGAUUCCAACGGAUUAAUGCGCUGUUAUGGAAGGCUCACACAUUCAUCGUUACCACUUACACACCAUCAAUCCUAUACUAUUGCCUCCCACUCACAAAUAUACAAUUUUACUUAUACGCGACACUCACGAAAGAUUAGAGCAUACCACUACCCAGACUCCCCUGCGCUCCCUCGCUCUCGAGCCACCCCAUCGCGAGUAUUCGAGAGCGUAGGAGUGGACCUGGCAGGUCCUUUCCUCAUCAUCGACAAACGAGUUUCCGCAAAAGCGAUGGGUGUGCCUCUUUACCUGUAUGAGCACAAGAGCCGUACACUUGGAGGUAUUGCAAGGGUUGAGCGGCGAGUGUUUUAUAAAUUGCAUGAGACGAUUCGCAGCGAGGCGUGGAAGACCACGAACGGUCAUAUCCGAUAA